AUGGUCAUUUCCACUAUCGGCAAAACCACACCAACGGAGGGAGCCACCUUCUCCGCCGUGCCACCAGAUAUAAUCCAAACCCAUAUCCUCACGUACCUUGACGGUUCUUCACUUGCUUCUGCAGCCAGCACGUGCUCUCAGCUUAACACCCUCUCAUCACACGACCAUUUAUGGACAAAUAUAUGUCACUCCACGUGGCCUUCCACAAACACGCCACGCAUUCGCCAGGUCAUCUCCACCUUCUCUAACACCUCUCGUUCUUUCUUCUCCGAUUCUUUCUCCACCGUAACCGCUAAAACCUUCCACCACCACCGCCGCGUGAAUAUUAACACCACACCGGAAUUUUUAUCCGCGGUUGAUUUAUUCCACAGGAGACGGAUGAUUCUAUCCAGAGUAGUGGAGACUGAGACGGUAUCCGGUUGGUUCAGGUACUCUCCAUUUCGGGUUGAUAUUCUCGACCCGAAGGAUUCGGUUGAAACAGAUAUGGAGUAUCUGAAAACUGAGGAAGAGUGUAAGAAUCUAGAAGAGGAAUUGAGUUUGAGUUGGAUAGUGAUUGAUCCGAGUGGAAAGCGUGCGGUGAAUGUUUCAAGUAGGAAACCGGUUUCAGUGAACCGUCACUGGCUAACCGGAGAUAUACAGGUGAGAUUUGCGACGGUGUUACACGGCGGAGAGAAGGGAUCAGCGACGGAAGCAACGGUUUGUAGUUUACUGGUGACGUUGGGAAGGGAAAUGCAAGUGAGGGAAGCGUGUUUUCAGAUAGAGGACAUGGAUGGGAAUCAAUUGAAUGGGGGGGAUAGUUUGGGGAUUUUACAAAGAGCAUUAGAAGGUGAAAGGAAAAGAUUGAGGAGUGAAAAAGAAGGAAAAGAAAGAUACGUGGAGUUUGUGAAGAGGAAGGUAGAAAGGAAAGAGAGGAAAUUGAGAAGUGAAAGAAGGUUGGAUAUGCUUUGCGUCAGUCUCGCUGCUUUGUCCGUUGCGGCUUUUUCCACUCUCUUUCUCUCUUGA